UUUCUGUUUGUUUCUUCCUACUUUCGCUCUUUCAUGGAGUCCCAGCUUAAGUUUCUUCUCGGCCGCCCGCUCCCAGAUCUCCAGUAAUGGCUCAUUUUUCAGGGAAGCUGGUGAACUGAAUUUUGAGCUGGGUUUCUGUGAGGUUGCAAAUUUGAAGGUUUUCAAACAAUCUGAGGGGAAGUUGUGAAAUCAUAGAGUGGAAGGAAAGGGGAAAGGAACAGAUUUUACUCGUUUCUGAAAUGGAUUCCGGGAUUGGAAGUUCGAUUCCGGAACUGAAAGAUUUCCAGAUAGGCAGCAGUUGGGUUCCAGCAACCCCAGCAAAGCCUGGCUUGCUGGCAUUGGAGCCGAUCUGCGAAACAGUGCAGGAAAAUGAGCAGAUUAGAGCAAAUUGGUCAGGCUUGCAAACAAUUCCACAAGAUUUUUGCAUAGGCCAAAUGAACCCAUUAGAACCAGGAGGGUUCUUGCAGGGAAAUGAUGCUCUUACCAGGGAUGAUAUGUGUGAUUUGACAAAUUUAGUGACUGAUGAAUCUAUGCAAGGGGAAGCUCUGAACUUGCAGAACUUCUCUAUUGAUCAUACAGACAACUGGAACAAUGUGUCAUUUGGGAACCUCUUGGCACUCGCGCAUGCUGCAGGAGCCACGGCCACAGUUGAAAACGAUGCCCCUGCACAUACACCAUUCAAUCCCCUCUUCAGUUCACAGAAUGCAGAUGGAAGUUCUGUUAGCUCGAGAAUCUCUUUCAAUCUGAAUUCUCCACCCGAGAGAGAUGCAGCCUCAAGCAGCAACUCGUUCCAGUUUGCACCGAUCACCCCAGUUCAGAACAAGGGAAGAGAGAGCAUGCUAAAUUUAAAUUUAAAUCUAAACAUUAAUGAGAUACCGAUACUACAAGAUGUACUGGAAAAUGUGGAAGAAAGUGACCUCCAAGGGAACAAAGAGCAGUCAGUGCUGGUGAGAGAGCUAUCAGAAAUGAUGGAGAACCACAAGCCUGACAAAACAGGCGAACUAGUUGCUGAAGCAAAUCAGACACCGCUUCAACAGAAACCAAGAAGAAAAAAGCACAGGCCAAAGGUGGUUGUUGAAGGCAAAGCUAAAAGGGCGAAUAAACCAAGAGCCCCGAACACUCCAGGCACCGAGGAGAUUAAGGCAGAAAAGAGGAAGUAUACCCCAAGAAAAGGAGUAGACAAGCCUCCCGCCACUCCUUUGGAUGAGGGUUCACCCAUAAUAAAUCCUGAGAUGAUGUCUCCUGGUUCCAGUAAGACCCCAAAAGUGGAUAGAAAACGUCCUAAAAGAAACCGAGGUGUAGCCACUCCCAGAGAUGAGGAUUCAAAUGUAACAAAUCCCGAGACAACACCUCCUGGUUCCAAAGAAACCUCAAAAAUGCAUCCUCAAAGUAACCAAGGUCAAAAGCCCACAAAAGAUCCCAUUGAAGAAGGAAGCAGUGAAACUAUUCAACCAGAAACAGCUUCCCGCCCCAGAAGAUCCUCGAGGAGAUUUUUAAAUUUUGACUUUGUGGACCUUGAAGAAUAUGAGAAUUUCACUGAGCCAUCUUCAAACUUUGAUAACUCGCAUGUGAAGAAUAUCUGCGAACAGGUUAAAUCAAUGCCAGCAGUGCAACUUGAACAAGAUGCAGAACUCACCGAAGUGAACAUUAGUUAUGACCUCAUAAAUCAUGAGAUAGGAAAGUCCAUUUCACAGCCAGGAACACAAAUUCCUGAUCCUUCAAAUCCCAGCAAGAUUUUGAUGGAUGGAAAUCAAACUAAAUGCACAAAAGGGAAGUGUAAAAUCAUUUUUUCAGAUGCAACACAUGACAAAGAGGACUAUCUUCCAGAAAUGACUGCACCACAAUGUGCAUCAAGCAGCCAAAAUAGCUCCAAUUGUAGCAGCAAUGCGUGCUUGACUGAGGAAGCCCAAUUAAGAGGUUCAAAAAGACAGCAUUCAUGCUUGGCCGAAGCAGAACCCUACAAAAGUAUCGGUGGAAUUCAUUAUAACUCUUUGCAGGCAUAUGAAGCAAUUCUUUCAGACUUUGACAGAUUCAUCGGAGUGCCUUUUCCUACAAUUUAUAAGAAAAAGAGGACUGAGAAGGGGCAAAUUCCUGCAACAUCUUGUAGUAAAAACUUCAAAACUGGAACUCAAUUUGAAGUUCAUGGUGCCCAAACAAAUGCUGCACUUCAGUCUCCCAAGUAUCUUCAACCAUUGAACACUGACGUGUUGAAAAGGAAGAGAUCAAAGGGUCUCACUCGAGUCCGUGACUUAGCAUCCCUGCAUGAGAUUUGCAAACAGUUCCCAACUUAUUCAUCCUCCAGAGAAGCAGCAGCAAAACAACACACAGGGCAUCUCAAUACAUGCAUGGAAGCUCUUGUUGCCGACACUCGCCCAACAAUGAAAAUGAAAACGAAAAAACGUUCAAAAAGAAACAGUCUGAAUGGUACAGUGGCUCCCAAUACACAAUACAUUAGAACACCAAUUGGUUCUCUGCCAGCUUUACCGUGGAGGGGCUUUUCUCCAAUUGACGAAAUUGUGGAGCGGUUCACCUAUCUUAAUAUAAAUGAUGCUGAUAAUCAAGGUCAGUACACACUCAGUACCAGAAAUGUGAAGUUCCAAAGGGAAACUGCCCUUGUUCUUUAUCAAAGAGAUGGAACUAUUGCACCUUUUACUGGGGUAAGAAAAAGGAAACCACGGCCAAAAGUCGAUCUUGAUGAUGAGACAACUAGAGUAUGGAAACUCUUGCUGCAAAAUAUAAACAGUCAAGGCAUAGAUGGAACAGAUGAGGAGAAGACAAAAUGGUGGGAAGAAGAGCGGAAAGUGUUCCGCGGAAGAGCAGAUUCGUUUAUUGCCCGCAUGCGUCUUGUCCAAGGUGAUAGGCGCUUCUCUCCAUGGAAGGGAUCUGUUGUAGAUUCUGUAGUUGGAGUUUUUCUAACUCAAAAUGUGUCAGAUCACCUCUCCAGUUCUGCUUUCAUGUCAAUGGUUGCACGAUUUCCACUCAAAUCAAAGGUUAGCGAACAAUUACAUGAAGAGAGAACAAAUAUAACUAUUGAAGAACCAGAAGUUUGCAUAAUGGAUCCCGAUGACACAAUUGCAUGGCAUGAAAACUCUUUGAAUCAACCAACUCCUGGGGAGAUGGGUUGCAAAGAUGAAGUUGUGAAUAGUGAGUUGACUGAAGGUACCUCCAAUUGCAUUAAGUCCACCGAAAAUUUUAAAGCCAAAGAUGUAGAUUCUUCUGAAAAGGAUCCAGAAGAUGUGCAUUAUGGAUUAACAUUAGAUAGGCCAGCAAAAUGGAUCAACGAGGAAGAGGCAAGUUUCCACAGUGGCCAAACAGAACCAGAUAAUGUGCUGUCCUCUCAGAAUUCUGGAGUUUCUUCACAAAAUUCUGUGAACUUUUCACAUACGCAAACUGUUGAUAUUACUGAAUCCACCAGUCUUUGCAGCACUUCUUUCAUUCAACUAUUACAGAUGGCAGGAACCUCCAUGCUACAUGGAGUUUACAAUCAGGAAAACAGCUCGGCUAAUAUGGACAUGCCAAACCAACAGAGGGAUUGUUCUGCGGAAUUCCAAAAGAACAAGGAAGAUGACAAACUUCCUGUUAUUGGAGAACAUUAUGGCCUUGAACAAAGUGAAUCAUCAACAGAAUCACCAAACCAAGCAACUAAUCAAAAGAUCAUAGCUGGUGAAAUUCCAAUGGUCAAUUCUGAUUCCCAGAUUCAUACUGAAGAAAGCAACUGCAAUUUGCUGCUAGAUCAAGAGUGCCCAACUUCAUUGGAUAUCCAGGAUAUCACAGGGAGAGCCAGUACUGUUGUUGAUUCACUGUCAAAUUCAGAUGGUCAGAAUAAUAAACAUCUUGAUACAGUUGAUAAAAGACGCAGCAAUCCCUCUAAAGAAAAAGAGGGGAGAUCUGGGACAGAGAAACAGAAUGCAGUGAAUUGGGACCAUUUAAGACAGCAGGCUUUGGCCAGCGGUAAGAAAAGAGAAAGAACAAUGAACACAAUGGAUUCAUUGGACUGGGAAGCAGUAAGAUGUGCAGAUGUCAAUGAGAUUGCUGACACCAUCAAAGAGAGGGGAAUGAACAACAUGCUAGCAGAGAGGAUACAGGAUUUCCUAAAUCGGCUUGUCAAAGAACACGGUAGCACUGAUUUAGAAUGGCUAAGAGAUGUUCCACCAGACAAAGCAAAAGAAUAUCUAUUGAGCUUCAGGGGGUUGGGUCUGAAGAGUGUAGAGUGUGUCCGGCUUUUGACGCUCCACCAUCUGGCUUUCCCAGUUGACACAAAUGUUGGACGAAUAGCUGUAAGGCUUGGGUGGGUGCCUCUGCAGCCAUUACCUGAGUCACUACAACUGCACCUUCUAGAGCUGUAUCCAGUUCUGGAAUCCAUCCAAAAGUAUCUUUGGCCACGACUCUGCAAGCUUGAUCAAGGAACACUAUAUGAGCUGCAUUACCAUAUGAUAACAUUUGGAAAGGUGUUUUGUACAAAGAGCAAACCAAAUUGCAAUGCAUGUCCAAUGAGAGGAGAAUGCAGACAUUUUGCAAGUGCUUUUGCGAGUGCAAGGCUUGCACUUCCUGCACCAGAGGACAAAAGCAUUGUGCCUGCAUUUGAGAACAAACCAGCUGAACAAAACACGGUGGACACUAUCAAUCCACUGCAGCUACUCUUACCUCAAAGCAAUGAACAAUCAGUAGCACAGUAUGGUGUCAACAACUCUCAACCCAUCAUUGAAGAGCCAGCAACACCCGAGCCUAUUAUUGAAGUGCCUGCCUCACCUGGGCCAGAGCAAAUACCAUCAGAAGCUGACAUUGAGGAUGCCUACAGUGACGAUCCUAAUGAAAUUCCUACAAUUAAUCUCAAUCUGAUUCAGUUGGCUCAAAAUGUAAAGAUGUUUGUGAAAAACAAUAUGGAGCUUGAUCAGGUUGAAAUGUCAAAGGCAUUGGUAGCAUUAACUCCCGAAGCUGCUUCCAUUCCCAUGCCUAAACUCAAAAAUAUUAGCCGGCUCAGAACUGAGCAUCAUGUCUAUGAGCUUCCAGAUAAUCAUCCUCUUCUAGAAGGGUUGGAGAAAAGAGAUCCAGAUGAUCCAUGCUCUUACCUUCUGGCCAUAUGGACACCUGGUGAAACUGCAAACUCUGUUCAGCCUCCAGAAAUGAGAUGUGAUUCCCAAGAAUCUGGCAAACUAUGUCAGGAGGAAACGUGUUUUGCAUGCAAUAGCAUACGAGAAGCACAAUCCCAAACUGUUCGAGGGACACUUCUGAUACCCUGUCGAACAGCAAUGAGAGGAAGCUUUCCCCUAAAUGGCACAUACUUUCAGGUCAAUGAGGUCUUUGCCGAUCAUGAAUCCAGCCUAAACCCAAUUGAUGUUCCAAGGGAUUGGUUGUGGGAUUUGCACCGAAAAACUGUUUUCUUUGGAACCUCAAUACCAACAAUAUUCAAAGGCCUAUCAACAGAAGAUAUCCAACACUGCUUCUGGAGAGGGUACGUUUGUGUUAGAGGAUUUGAUCGGAAGAAGCGAGCUCCUCGACCACUAAUGGCCAGGUUGCACUUUCCAGCCAGCAGAUUGACCAAGAAUAAAAAAAAGACGGAUGAAAGCUAGGCACUAACCUGCUGAACAUAGCCUCUGACAUUCAUAUCAUAGCAGUUCAGAACAGAGAGUGGCAUGUUAUUUAAAGACAUGCUACUUAUCAGAAAUAGGCAUUUAGAUGUAAAUAUAUUUCAAAAUGUGUAGAGUGAUGAAGAAUAGCCAUUCAUUGCUCAAAACUAUGGUCACUGAUGUCUUUUAGCGAGAAAAACCAAAAGUUUCAGUCUGAUUUAUCAUUUACUUCCAUUAUUUCAAA